UUCAGGAGUAAGUGGAUUAGGUGGUAAACCUCCAGCUGCUUUAUUCACUCUUUGGCUUGAUGUGAGCACAGAACAGCAGAAUUCACUCAGACACUUACUGUUUGAAAAUGAGCAGGACAAAAUAAAUGAUAUCGUGUCAUUUGCUUUUGAUUCUAGAGUGUAUGAUUGAGGGACACGUUAUCUAUUCAGCUGUGGAUUCAAUGGAUCGAAGAGAAAGUAAAGUUGAAUUUCUCUAGCAGUUUUUGGAUAUUGCCAUGGAGGAGGAAGUAUCAUGGACUUUGUGACGGGUUCCAGGGUUCCCAGAGCCAAAUACACAAUGGUUCGAGAGGCGCUGUGUUAUGUGAUCCCCUACCGUAUGCAGUGCUCCAUGGGAUGUGGUGGACUGGCCUGCAAGUACGAGGACCCUUCACACUGGGGUGAAGACGACCAGGCCAUCAGAGGAAUCUACUCGUCUUGGAUCACAGACAAUCUGCUGGCCAUGGCCCGCCCUUCCACCGAAAUCAUUGAAAAAUUUGAUAUAAUAGACCAGUUUUUGAGAUGUGGUUUGAGGACCGUGAUUAACCUCCAGUGCCCUGGUGAACAUGCCAGCUGUGGAAACCCGCUCGAUCCCGAGAGCGGCUUCACUUACCGACCGGAGACAUUCAUGGAGGCUGGCAUAUAUUUCUACAACUUUAGAUGGAAUGACUAUGGUGUGGCGUCUCUCACAUCCAUCUUGGAUAUGGUGAAAGUCAUGUGUUUUGCCAUCCAAGAAGGCAAGCUGGCUGUUCACUGUCAUGCAGGGCUUGGCAGAACAGGUGUGUUGCUGGCCUGUUUCUUCUUGUUCACCACACAGAUGACAGCAGACCAAGCCAUUCUGUUAGUUCGAAGCAAACGACCAAACUCGAUCCAGACUAGAGGACAGCUCCAGUGCAUAAGGCAGUUUGCUCAGUUCCUGAUUCCGCUAAGGAACGUGUUUGCUAACGCUGAGCCUAGAGCGCCACCUGUUACUCUUUCACAAUACUUGAGCCGCCAGAAAUAUAUACUGCAUGGCUACGAGGCUCGGAAGCUGAGAUACGUGCCAAAGCUCGUCACUCUCAUCUGCAGACUCCUACUGGACAUCGCAGAGAAUCGCCAGGUUAUCGAGGAGGACAUUGUCGAGGUUCCUGACGUCACAUCUGUGGUAGAGAAAUCUUUCAACGAGAGUUCAGUGUAUCAGUUAAACAGAGAGAUUUUGGGAAAUGGGAUGACUCUGAUCAGGCCACGUCUUCCAGGUCUACCCAGAGCCAAUAGAGGCAACACACAACCUCUUUACUAUGUCCGUAAGAGCCUCAGCUACAGCGAGUCUGACCUCCAGAGGUUAGCAGCGUCUUUAAACCUCUCGGAUAACCCUCUCGGGGUUUUAGCCAGCAUCCACUCAACUACCAUCAGCAAUCAGCUGGGAGCUUUCAACUGUGUUUCCCAGAACUACGUCACUCCUUCUCUGGGGGCUUGUAAGGGCAAUCCCAUCUACAGCUCAACCAGCAAUAUAUGGGAGCUGAAAACACUUAUGGACCAGACAGAAGGAUCUCUACUGCUCAAAACAAGGAGGCAGUCUGUCCUGCAGCGAAGCCAAUCUUUAGGCAUUUCAGACGAGAAAAGCACAACGAACAUCGCCAGAAUAUUGUCCUACUGGAGGAAAGACUGCAAGCAAAGUUCUGACCCUGACGAGGCUCAACUCAAUGAAAAAGAGCAUUCGGAGGUGCCCUUCAUCACCGUCCAGUCCGAGCUGUCUCUGGAGUCGCGUCACCUCCUGGUGGCUCAGUCCCUUGCGGUAGACCUUGAGAAGGAUGGAGAGAAGGAGCAAAUUCAGAAGGUGUCUACUUGCCAGGCAGAUCUUAAUCGUCAAGGUGCGUGGGAGCGACUGUGUUUGGAAAAAGACCCAUUUAUUCUGUCUGGAAUCAUGUGGUCCUGGCUGGAGCAGCUCAAAGAGCCAAUCAUCUCAGCUCAUGAUGUUCACACACUAACAGACACCCAGGACCCCCAAACUGUGCUCAAUUGCCUAGAUAGGGCUUCAAGAGAAACGGUGAUGUGCAUUCUGGACUGUUUCGCUCAUUUAUUGACAACAACUGAGGAAAUCGAGAGUGCUUUCCUGGAGCGAGCGACAAAAGCUUUCACAAAGAUGAAAAACACAGAUGGUGGGAAGAGCGUCCACAAAAUCAUGAACGGGGUCUUGAAGCUUGUUCUGCAUCGUUUGAGGAACGAGUUUGAGGUCAAUCACAUGCAACAAUCACUAAACUACAGUUAACUACAAUGAG